GCCAGCACAAAGGGCCGGGUGCACUCCCAGGCAGCAACUUUAGAGAGGCCACUCACUAACGUUAGCCUCUUUAGCUACACACCCCAAGCUACUAGCUAGCCCGGCGGCUAACGGGCGAGCCAAAACAUCAGGUUGUUUUAAUGCCGCCCGUCCCUUUCGAGCCAUGGCAGGAACACGAUGUUCACAAGUCGAAUGCGAACUGUAUUACCUCAUUGCCAGGUUCCUGCAAUCUGGACCUUGUCAAAAAUCAGCAAAGAUUUUGGUCGAAGAGCUGGAGGAAUAUGAGUUGAUCCCACAACGAUGGACAUGGGACGGAAAUAAAUAUAAACGGAACUUCCAAGAUUGGGUGGUUUUGAAUGAGCACAUUCCUGCAGACUAUCUACUGCGCCUUUGUAAGAGGAUAGGCCCACUCAUAGAGAAGGAGAUCCCGCCUAGUGUUCCUGGCGUCCAAACGCUUCUGGGCUUGGGAAGACAGUCCUUGCUUCGUACCACCAAAAGUUGUAGUCACAAAGUAUGCAGUGGCUCAGCUGUUGCUGCACUCCACAGAGGACGCCCACCAGAACCGCCAGUCAACAAUGGAUAUUCUACCAAUGUCGUAUCCGUCAUUGGCGCUCGGCAGACUACUGGCACAGUUCGUUUUGGCCAGGCACUGCCGUCUUCUUCUUACCAACACAUGAGGAUACACAAACGUAUCCUGGGCCACCUAUCAGCAGUCUACUGUGUAGCCUUUGACCGCACCGGUCGACGAAUAUUUACAGGUUCAGAUGACUGCCUUGUGAAAAUCUGGGCUACAGAUGAUGGCCGGCUACUUGCAACACUCCGUGGCCAUGCGGCUGAGAUCUGUGAUAUGGCCAUCAACUACGAGAACUCUCUCCUCGCCUCGGCAAGCUGUGACAAAAUUAUCAGAGUUUGGUGCCUGCGGACCUGUGCACCCAUCACCGUUCUGCAAGCGCACACUGCCUCAAUCACAUCCAUUCAGUUCUGCCCUUCAGCCAAGGGUGUGACGCGGUACCUGGCCUCUACAGGUGCAGAUGGCAUGGUGUGUUUCUGGAAAUGGCACUCAGUCAGCAUGAAAUUCAAUGAUCAGCCAGUCAAAUUUGUUGAGCGGUCACGUCCUGGGGUGCAGGUCUCAAGUUCCUCCUUCAGUGGUGGUGGAAUGUUCAUGGCUACGGGUGGAAGCGACCACAUGGUCAGGGUUUACUACCUCGGUACUGAAACCCCUAUGAAGCUCUCAGAGUUGGACGCUCAUACGGAUAAAGUUGUGGUCGUCCAGUUUUGCAAUAAUAGUGACAGCCUCAAGUUUGUGAGUGGCAGUCGUGAUGGCACAGCUAGGAUUUGGCAUUACCAACAACAAGAGUGGAAGAGCAUCACUUUAGACAUGGCCGCCAGACUUCCAGGAGGUUCAGUUGUCAAUGGCGAUGAUAAAACGAAGCUAGUGGUGACUAUGGUGGCUUGGGACCGCACCGAUCACACCGUCAUCACAGCCGUAUCAAACUACCAUCUUAAAGUGUGGAAUACAACGACUGGAGAGUUGCUGCAUGUUUUAUCUGGUCAUGACGAUGAGGUGUUCGUGCUGGAGGCACACCCAUUUGACUCGCGCAUCAUGUUGUCAGCCGGCCAUGAUGGCAAUGUUUACAUUUGGGACCUGAGCAAGGGAGUGAAGAUUCGCAAUUUCUUCAACAUGAUUGAAGGUCAAGGCCAUGGGGCUAUUUAUGACUGCAAGUUCUCAGCUGAUGGUCAGCAUUUUGCCUGCACUGACUCACAUGGCCAUUUGCUAAUCUUUGGCUUUGGUUGCAGCACACCAUAUGAGAAGAUUCCUGACCAGAUGUUUUUUCACACGGACUACCGGCCUCUUAUCCGAGACUCAAACAACUAUGUCCUGGAUGAGCAGACGCAGCAGGCCCCACACCUCAUGCCUCCACCUUUCCUAGUGGAUGUCGACGGAAAUCCGCACCCUACACACUAUCAGCGCUUGGUACCGGGAAGAGAGAAUUGCAAGGACGACCAGCUAAUACCUCAACUUGGAUACAUGGCUAACAAUGAAGGCGAGUUGGUUGAGCAGGUUCUUGGCCAGCAAACUGCAGAAAAUGGAGAAAGUAUUCUGGACAAUCUCAUCAGACAGUUGCAGAACCAUCAGGAUGAGCAUCAGAAUGCAGAACUCCAGGCUGAUGAAGCAGAGGGUGAUGCAGUGGAGGUGGUAGCUUCUUCUCCAGAUGCGGGUCCUCGUAGGAGUGGGCAGGUGGACGGCAUGUGGCAAAUGCAACAUAAUGCUCUGCGCAGUCAAGUGGCCACAGAGAGAGACUUGUUGGCCUGGAGCCGCAGAGUGAUGGUCAAUGAAUUGCCGCAAGGAGUAUUCAACGUUAUGGAGGAAAGCAGACAAGCCAAAAGUGAUAGAGAAUGUUUUCUGUACAACGCAGAGAGGAGAAAGAAACCUGUUAUUUGUCCACCCAAGGCUGAGCCGUUGGCCACACGCCUGCGCUCCUUGCGGCCCACAAAGAAAAAGCAGCAGCGGCAUACCUAUGACACCCGCUCGGCUCAAGUCCGCCGUCCACGGAACCGGAGCGGUCACGAACGUACUUCGAACAGCAAUGCAGACUCUGAGAGUGAAAGAGAAGGAGCUGAGCAGGGGGAGGCCAGCAGUGCGUCCUCUGACAGUGAAGUUCAGUGGCAGAGUGAGAGCAGCUCCAGUGAUUCCUCCAGUGAGUACUCUGAUUGGACCGCCGAUGCUGGGAUAAACCUCCAACCCCCAAAGCGAUCCACCAGGAGGCCUGUCCAGCCCUCUGGUUACAGCAGCUCUGAGGAGGAGGACGAGGAGGAGGAAGAAGGUCAUGAGAAUGCAAAGGAGGAAAAGACAAAGGAAAGUAAAGAGAAGAAGAAAAAGCCCAAAGAGACCAAACAAAAACCCACAACCUCACUGGGAGGACUUGAUGCAUUGGCGUGGCUGCCACCCUCAUGGAUAAUGGAGACCAUUCCACAUCGCUCCCCCUUUGUCCCACAAAUGGGAGAUGAGCUCAUCUACUUCAAACAGGGCCACCAGGCUUAUGUCCGGGCAGUCCGUAGGUCCAAAGCCUACAGCAUCAACCCUCAGAAACAACCAUGGAACAAAAUCCAACUCAGGGACCAAGAGUCUGUGAAGGUCGUCGGAAUUAAAUACGAAGUGGGACCGCCCACUCUCUGCUGCCUAAAACUGGCUUUUUUAGACCCGAUCUCAGGAAAGAUGACCAAUGACUCAUUCUCCCUGAAGUACCAUGACAUGCCCGAUGUCAUAGAUUUCCUUGUACUGCAGCAGUUCUACAAUGAAGCUAAAGACCACAACUGGCAGCCAGGUAUGAGAUUCCGCAGCAUCAUCGAUGACGCUUGGUGGUUUGGCCUGGUGGAGGACCAGGAGCCAUUGCAGUUGGAUUAUCCAGACAGCCUGUUUCAAUGUUUUGCAGUCAAGUGGGACAAUGGUGAGCAGGAGAAAUUGAGUCCUUGGGACAUGGAACCUAUUCCAGAGGAAGCUUUAUUACCCGACCAGGUGGGUGCCGGAGUGGAGGUGGCAGAGGAGGAGCUCGAAGCUCUGCUCUACAAGCCUCAGGAAGGAGAGUGGGGGGCGCACACUCGGGAUGAGGAGUGCGAGAGAAUCAUCCAUGGCAUCGAUCAGCUGCUUACACUCGAUGUUGCCAAGCCGUUUGCUUCGCCUGUAAAUCUUGAGGCGUAUCCUCUGUAUUGCACGGUGGUGGCCUACCCCACGGACAUCAGCACAAUCCACAAACGCCUGGAGAGCCAUUUCUACAGGCGGAUCUCCGCUCUGAUGUGGGAAGUGCGCUACAUUGAACACAAUGCCCGCACGUUCAACGAACCCCAGAGCCCAAUUGUUUCUGCGGCCAAAGUGGUGACAGACGUUCUCCUCCACUACAUCGGAGACCAAAGCUGCACAGACAUCUUGAAUCUUUAUUAUAGACUAAAAUCUGAGCUCAGCAGUGGAGAAGACGAGGCAAGAGAAGUGGAUGUGGACUCUGACACUCCGGGGACAUCUUCAGGACAUCGGGAAAGUAACUCAAAGAAGCGCGGGGUAGUUUUGGAUGUGAGAGCGUGGCGAGGCCAAUGUCGAGAACUGCUGCGUAAAAUGAUCUCCUCCCAUGAUUCUCAGCCAUUCAGACAGCCGGUUGAUCUCUUUGAGUAUCCGGACUACCGAGACAUUAUUGACACUCCCAUGGAUCUGGGCACUGUGUCAGAGACGCUGAUUGCUGGCAAUUACGAGAGCCCAAUGGAGUUUGCCAAGGAUGUCCGCCUCAUUUUCAGCAACUCCAAAGCGUAUACACCAAACAAGAAAUCCCAGAUCUACACAAUGACACUCAGCUUGUCGGCCUUUUUUGAAAAAAGCAUCAUCUCCAUCAUCUCUGACCACAAGUCGGCCAUUCAGAACGAACGGCGGGCUCGUCAAAGAGAAAGUUACAGGAAUCGGUUGCACAAUGGAGGCAGCUCGCCCACUGUGAGCGCUAAAAAGAAGCACAAGACAGAUACGGUGUCACAGUCCAAAAAAUCCAAGACCUCAGUGAAGAAUCACUCUCAGAGACCACAUAAAGCUCAGCAAAGCAGAAGUGUAGCACAGGCAGAGGAGGCCUACGACCUCCAGCCUUCCUCUCCAAGUUCAGGGACAAGCAGUGACAACAGAAACCGUCAGCGGCACCGAGCGAAGCGCACCGCAGCAACUGCGACCAAGAAAUCAGGACUCCAGCUGCAGCAGAAGAGCGUCCCCGAGCAGCGGCGCGAUGCGGCAGCACCUCAGUCGGACGAUGACGAGUCCGGGUCUAACAGCUCCUCGUCAGAGUCCUCCUCCGCGUCGUCGUCGUCGUCUUCCUCCUCCUCCUCGUCAUCCAACAGUGACAGCAGCUCGGACUCAGAGGCGGAGAAAUACGUGGAGGGUGGAGAUCACGAUUACAGCAAAGCACCCAGCCUGUCGCUGCGGAUCUCUUUGAAGAACAAGACAGUCACCUCAGGGAAGCGGAAACACAAAGGCGGGGAGGACACGAUGAAGGGUGCUAAGAAAGCACGGGUGCAGCAACCCAUAAAGGUUAAGGAGGAUGAGGAGGAGGAAGAGGAAGAGGAGGAGGAGGAGGAGGAAGAGGAACAGAAAAUACAACCAGUAAAUAUAAGACCUGAGUUCCAGGAGGAGGACGAAGAAGAAGAGGAGGAGGAGGAGUUGGAAGAAGAGGAGGAACCAGACGAAGAGGAGGGAGAGGAGGACAGCACGUCAACAGCGGCGUCGGUCGUAGCUGCCGCCAAAGGCUCAGGAAGCAGCAGCAUGUGCAACAAGCCUCAUCAGGUGAACACUCGCCAGCAAGGCCGCAGGACAGUCACGUACCAGGACGAGUCUGAGGACGACGCUCACAGCUCCAAGGACGACGACCCGGUCAACCUGGGCAGGUCCCGUUCGGGACGGGUUCGGCGCAUGACUGAGAAAGCUCGUGUCAGCCACCUCAUGGGCUGGGGCCACUGAACCUCAAGAAAACUAUCAACUAUACUGCAGGGAUUUUUUUUGUACAGGUGUGUAAAUAUUAAAUAUAUAUGUAUAGAUUACGGUGGGUGCGAGGUGUUUUCUGAAACACAAUGGUGCUAACAAAUGUUUUGCCAAGGGGAUUUUGUCACUCUGGCCAAAAGCUGCUGGUCAUCUUGGCCUUUCUCCCUCCCCGGGACUCGUCACCUCGGCCUUACUGCUCCUCUUCCUCUUCAUCAUGCGCUUCACAUUCGACACUAGUCAACUCUGUGCUGCUUGUCUCGUCACUGGCCACCAAAGAAAGGAAGGAAGCAGGAAUGUGAAAACAUGGUGCUUGUUUCUUCCCAUUCUCCCACUAUCUGGAAGACCUUUUAACUAGCUGUUUUUUUUUUUUUUUUUUACCAUCGCCCUUUCAUGAAAUCAGAGGGGAUGAUUCAAUAAUCCAGCUGCCUCACAAUUAAUUUCCAGAAACUGUAAAUACGAUGUCUUCCCUUGCUUCCCUUUAAUGACAUUGAUUGUUGUUGUAUUUUGUUUUUGAGUUUAUUUUUUAGUUCCAAUUUGUUUUUGUCCGCAUCCUAUUCGUAUUUGUAGUUUUCCUAGAUGGAGGCCAUCAUGAAGGCUCCCCAUCAAAGGGACUGUGUAUCCCACCGGUCUUUCACAGUGAUAGAUAUGUAUUCCAUUUUACUUGGAUAAUUGCUGUGUCCUAUAUUGACCGUAAGGAGGAACAUGACAUAUUUUGCACAUUUUAUCUUCUCCAUGUGGCAGCUUAGCAGUGAUGAAAAUAGAGAAAGAUAAUAUGGUAGGUUGAAAUUUGUUAUACGAAUGCUUCGGCACCCCAUUUUUCAUCUCUUGGGAUGUAGCUGAUAAUUAGUUGUCAUCGAACUGGAUUCACAGUGCGUCAACCGUUUUACAUUGUGCCAUCAUGAGUUGGGAAGUCAAAUCAGCCAACUCGAAAUAAGUUUGGGUUCCCCCCCCUUUUUAGACAACACAGAUAUGAAGUGCUGUAAGCAGAAGCAUGAACUGGUGUCAACAACAAAAAAAUCUUUUAAUUUAUCAUGUAGAGGAUUUUGUCUGAUGUCUCGGGCAUCAAAUUUGUUGAUGUACAUGAAACAUUCCACCAUGGGUGGAAGAACUAAACUUUUUUUAUACACAGUGUGUUUGAAUAAUUUUUUGAAAUAAAUGAUUUUUAAAAAUACAA